AUGGUGGCGGCGAGUGAAGCAGCUAGAGGAGGAGCAGGAGCAGGAUCAGGAUUUCUUGCUCCAAACGAGAUCAGCUAUAGUGCUCAACCCAACAGUCUUGCCUUCGCCCUGAUGCAUAGCCACGGUCUUGGCGCAGGAGGUCGAGUCGGGCUGGUCGGCACUCGACCCAAGACUUUGAGCCAUCCAACCAAGAGGAUCGCUGGGAAUCACCUCAGAACACCUUUGAUGUCUGGUGACGCCAAGGGAAAGUCGUCGGAAGGGGAGAAAUUCGACGUAGAGUGGGAGCACGGCGACGGGUCCAAGGAUCGGAUGUCGGGGCAGCAACUACAGGCCUCACAGAGCGAGAAGAAGCCGUUGUUCAAGAGAAUGAGCGAUGGGGUGAAGAACUUCUUCAUGGGAGCGAAGAUGGAUAAACAGAAGCUUGCAGCUCUUGGAGCGAGCGCGUUGCUGUCAUACGGAUGGAUCUCUUGCUUGAUCGCUGCGUGGGUGAUCCAUGGCAAGAAGACAGGCCUCUCCCCCCUCGACCCCAACCAGUCGACCCCCCCCCAGUGGCCCGCGUUCCUCGCGGUGUAUGCCAUCUUCUAUGCGUUCCAGAACGUUAUCCGUCCUGCUCGUUUCGCCCUCUCUGUCGCCCUCUCGCCCUUCUUUGACAAGAUGGUGGAGACGAUCCAGACCAAGGUAGCCGCACGUGCAGCUCCCCGACUCGUCCUGACGUGCCUUGCCAGGCCGGGUCUCUGA